CGGUUAAAAGCACGGAGCCAUUUGCUGUCACCUGAUUGCAGCCGCUUGCAGCGUCCUGCAAGUGAAGUAAGAAUAAAAACAAGUAAAAUUAUUCGGCACUCCGGGUCGCUUCGGAGGUGGGCUUCGGGAACAAGUAAGCACACACUUUUUUGCGACGAUAUUUCGUCGAGCCCCGGUAAGCGCCCGCGAAAUCGGCGAAUAUGUUCAGCUGGUCCACUGCGGCGUUCGACAAGCUGUUGGACAAGGCUACGAGCCAUUUGCUGUUGGAACCUGACUGGCCAUCGAUUAUCCAGAUUUGUGACUGCAUUCGCCAAGGCGACGUGCAACCAAAGUACGCUGUUAGUGCAAUCAAGAAGCGACUGUACACGCGAAAUCCACACGUGACUCUGUUUGCUCUGCAGGUUCUAGAGUCGUGUGUCAAGAACUGCGGUUCCCUGGUUCACAAUGAAGUCGCUACCAAGCCUUUUAUGGAAGAGCUGCGAGAUCUUGUGAAGGCAAACACCAACGAAGCCGUGCGUGAUAAGGUACUGGAGCUGGUGCAGGCCUGGGCACACGCGUUUCGCAACGAUCCCAACUACAGGGCUGUUCAGGACACGCUGAACCUGAUGAAAAUGGAAGGGUACAAGUUCCCGUACUUGAAGGAGAGUGACGCCAUGUUCUCAGCCGACCAGGCACCCGAGUGGGCGGACGGCGACUGCUGCCAUCGGUGCCGCGUCCAGUUCUCGCUCGUCCAGAGAAAGCACCACUGCCGCAACUGCGGCCAGAUCUUCUGCCAGAAGUGCUCCUCGCAAAACGCGCCCAUCCCUCGAUUUGGCAUCGAGAAAGAAGUGCGCGUCUGCGAGGCCUGCUUUGAGAAGCUCUCUGCCGCAAGCAAGGCCCUGGCGGCCAAGGCGCCGCAGAAAGGAAGUGGCUCCGAGCAGUCGUCCCCGAGCCAGACCUCUUCCGCGCCUGCCGGGGGCAAAUCUGAGCAGGAAUUGCAGGAGGAGGAAGAGCUCCAGCUGGCGCUGGCACUCUCCAAGAGUGAAGUGGAAACCAACCAGCGUUCCACUCGGAGAUCGUGGCAGCCUCCGAGCACCGUGUCGAACACUGCCACAACCAAUGCGUCAAGUCCGCCGGUAUCCGCUACCGAAGCUGGUGACAAGGGCCCGGACAAAACGCGCCGCAAAGACCUGGCGGACGGCGACCCGGAAUUGGCACGCUAUCUGAAUCGCGCCUACUGGGAACAGCGGCAGCAACAGCAGCAGCAGCAGGACACCAACUCGGUCGACGGUCUGCCAUCGCGGCAGAGCCCCAUCCCGAGCGCGCCGACCUCUGCGGGCUCGCCAUUUACCGUUCCACCUAAAAACGCUGAGAAAGUGGAUAUCCUUGGGGGCGAGGCGGACUCCCAGCUCGAGGAGUUUGUCGCCCAGCUGCGGUCCACGUUGGAGGUGUUUGUCAAUCGUCUGCAGAGCAACGCGGCCCGCGGAAGGCCCGUAGCCAACGACUCCUACGUGCAGAGCUUGUUCAUGAGCGUCACCAACAUGCACUCGCAGCUGCUGCACCACCUCCAACAGCAGGAGGACCUGCGUGAGUACUACGAAGGCCUGCAGGAUAAGCUGGCCCAGAUCAGAGAUGCACGCGCCGCCCUUGACGCCCUGAGGGAGGAGCACCGCGAACAACUCCGACGAGAGGCGGAUGAAGCUGAGAGGCAGCGGCAGAUACAGAUGGCCCAGAAGCUGCACAUCAUGAGGCAGAAGAAGCAGGAGUACCUUCAGUACCAGCACCAGCUUGCCCUGCAACGCAUGCAAGAGCAGGAACGGGAGCUUCAGAUGCGGCACGAACUGCAGAAGCAGUACCACCAAGGCGGCGCUGGAUUCCCCAAUCAGCCACCGGGACUACCACCGCAGGGAAUGCCUCCGCAGGGCAUGCCUCAUCAACAGCCCGGUCCACCGGUGAACAUGGGGGUACCGCCAGGACCACUCCCACAUGCACCUGCCUCCGCAACUCCGCGGCGGGCCCAUGCCUCCCGUGGGACCGGCAUCAGGUCAGAUGAUGCCACCCCUCAAGGCCAACCCAUGCCACAGGGAAUGCCCCCACAAGGACACCCCAUUCCACCGCAAGGACAACCACACGUCAUGACAACGCAAGGACACACCAUGCCCCCGCCGGGACAACACUCGGUGCCACCCCAAGGACAGGCAAUGCCUCCGCAAGGACACCUCUCGAUGCACCCGUUGCCGGCCCACUCCGCGCCGAUGUCGAUGCCCCCUCAGAUUCCACCGCAGCAGCAACAAGCAAGACCUCCCAUGCCCAUGCCGGCAAUGCCGCCACCCUACCGGUCCCCAACACACGUUGUGGCGACCACUGUACCCAUGCAGUACAUGAUGGGGACAGCGCCGCAUGCCGCCAUCAUGGCACAGGGCCAGUACGGCCCCGUGAGCAUGCCCGCUCCAAUGGGGCUUCCCAUGGACUUCCAGGCAUUCAGCAUGCAGCAGGCCAUGUCGAUGGGCAUGCCCAUGAUGCACGGAGCCAUGCCGCACCAGGAAAACCCGGCAGCCUCUCCGCCGCCGCAGCACCACCGCCCGCCGAGCAGCAACGAGUCUGCGACGGGCGCGCCAGUUGGGGCUCCUCCGGCAGUGCAAGAGGCUGCCCUCAUAAGCUUUGACUGAACUCUGCGUAUCUCUUAGCGCGUGUGUGACUGGCCCGCAGUCUUUUGACGAACUCGGUUGCGCUUUCCAUUUAGGAACGCUUGCCCGGCCUGCUUGAAGCGAGUGUACAGUCUUGGCACAUUGUAGGAUAUGACCUUUAUUGCACGCUUAAUGCCCUCGAGUCAAACGCCCAAGGUUGGAAGUUUGAUCGAGUUUGUAAUAGUUCGUGGCGAUGUUUCCUGUGCAGUGCACAAAGGGUUGUUUUUUUUUCGUUAAAAAAAGUCAAGAAGCUACAGAAGAAAGAGGUGCUUCGUAUUUCUCCUUUAUGCCUUUGUUUUUGUGACAGAACAACCACUUGUGUGCCGCACAAAUCAACCUCACGAACUAUUGCCCACCCAACGGAAAACUAACGCCUUUGUUGGUUCCCUUCGGCGAGGUGGCGCCGUGAACAACAGCUGGUCGUGUUUUUUGUGUUGUUUUUAUUCUUUAGAAAAGUGGGGCUGUCGAGUGACUUGAUCGGCGAUUGCGCUGGGGAUGUCGGCAUCCGCAUUCGUGAGAGAAAAAAAAAAGAAAAAUGGCCGGCUAGAGGCACUUUAUGGCGUCAUGUAUCAAAGCACGGUAGCACGUCUAAACAGAAAGCCGGCGCUUUGAAUGCACAACUGCUAGUUGGACAGCAAGUCACCCGAGGACGCAAUGCAUACACAAAAUGCACUGUCACGCGACUGCGGAGGUUGCAGAAAUGUCUUUUUGUAUGUCGACGGGGCCGGCAUUGGCGUCUGCGGUGCACACAGUGAUGCUUAAAUGGGGAUCUUUCUUAAGAUCAAUGUGGCUAUGUGGAAAUUUACUAUGAUUCGCUCGUGGCUGCGUUGGCGUUUUGGAUUUGAGCAGCCUUUUAAUUUCAUAACCUCGCUCAAAGAAUUGCAUGCUAGUACCGACCGUCUGGGCUUCGAGAUACCGCUCUUAAGAUUUUUAUUUGAUGUCGAGUCUUUUACUUGGAUUAUCUUUUCUCAUACAGGAGGUAAAAGGGAUUGGCUCAAUAACACUUAAGUGCUGUUAGGGUAGCAUUGAACUCAGUGACAUCAGGCUUGUAACCCAGUAUUGCAUGUGAAAUGUGGAAGCUUGGGGUAAAUGGGGGGGCGGGAGAUUGCAGCGUUGAACUAGUGUGUGCUUGCCAUUUUCCAAUGCUGUCUAAAAAACGCGCAAGAAUGAGUCGUAAAUAGCAUCCAACUGUUACUGACAUUUCAAACGUUGACCAUACUUUCCAAUAACCAGGCCUUCAUGAAGGUGGAGUUCAAUAUGAUGCCCAAUUAUCGCAUUCUCGUCACUCUUAAAGCAUGGCUGGUCAUUUGCGAUUGUGUUCCUGAGUCUUUCUUGUGUUUGUGUCUGAAGAGGCUAGAGUUGGUUUACGAUAACUACAGAAUGUGCUAUACGUAUGAGGAAGCAGUUAAGCGGCACGAUGGCAAUGUUUGUAAUUAUAUAUAGGUGCACGCUGGAGCUGCUUUAUUUCCUGUGUACAUUGCUAUGGCUCUUAUAUAUUAAAGGCUUUUUUUCUUUACGCCA